UGACCCUUUUGCUAAGUGAUGUUGUCUCUUGCUGCGGUUCUGAGCAAAUUCAGUAAAGCUAGAAAUGCAAAGUGAUGAGGAAUCUGACAGGAAGCCCCUGUGUCAUGAAGAUGAGAUCAGGGCUCUUGAUGAAGGAAGCAGCCUGGAAGAGCCCCUUGUUGACCAUAAUGAGAUGAUGGAUAACAGAAAGAUCCAGGAGCUCUCGAGCGAGGGAGGAAUCCGGCUUCCGAAUGGUAAACUGAAAUGUGACGUCUGUGGCAUGGUUUGCAUUGGGCCCAAUGUGCUAAUGGUACAUAAAAGGAGCCACACUGGUGAACGCCCCUUCCACUGUAACCAGUGUGGAGCUUCUUUUACCCAGAAGGGGAACCUGCUGAGGCACAUCAAGUUGCACUCUGGGGAGAAACCGUUCAAAUGUCCCUUCUGCAGCUAUGCGUGCCGGCGGAGGGACGCCCUCACAGGACACCUCAGGACGCACUCUGUGGGCAAGCCUCACAAGUGCAACUACUGUGGCCGGAGCUACAAGCAGCGCAGCUCGCUGGAGGAGCACAAGGAACGCUGCCACAACUAUCUGCAGAACGUCAGCAUGGAGGCUGCCGGGCAGGUCAUGAGUCACCACGUACCUCCUAUGGAAGAUUGUAAGGAACAAGAGCCUGUGAUGGACAACAAUAUUCCUCUGGUGCCUUUUGAGAGACCUGCUGUUAUAGAGAAGCUGACAAGCAACAUGGGAAAGCGUAAAAGCUCCACCCCACAGAAGUUUGUGGGUGAAAAGCUCAUGAGAUUUGGCUAUCCAGACCUUCACUUUGAUAUGAACUUAACCUACGAGAAGGAGGCUGAGCUGAUGCAGUCUCACAUGAUGGACCAAGCCAUCAACAAUGCAAUCACCUACCUUGGAGCUGAGGCACUUCACCCCCUGAUGCAGCACACACCAAGCACAAUCGCAGAGGUGGCCCCGGUCAUCAGCUCAGCUUACGCUCAGGUCUAUCAUCCUAACAGGAUAGAGAGGCCCAUCAGCAGGGAAACGGCUGACAGUCACGAGAACAACAUGGAUGGCCCCAUCUCCCUCAUCAGACCAAAGAGUCGAACCCAGGAUCGAGAGGGCUCCCCCAGCAAUAGCUGCCUGGAUUCUACUGACUCAGAGAGCAGCCACGAAGACCGCCAGUCCUACCAAGGAAACUCUGCCUUAAAUCCCAAGAGAAAGCCAAGCCCGGCUUAUAUGAAGGAGGACGCCAAGGCUUUGGAUGCUGCGAAAGCUUCUAAGGGCUCUUUAAAGGAUAUCUACAAAGUCAUCAACGGAGAAGGGGAGCAGAUUAGGGCUUUCAAGUGCGAGCACUGUCGCGUUCUUUUCCUAGACCAUGUCAUGUACACCAUCCACAUGGGCUGCCACGGCUACCGGGACCCGCUAGAGUGCAACAUCUGUGGCUACCGGAGCCAGGACCGCUAUGAGUUCUCGUCGCACAUUGUCCGAGGGGAGCACACAUUCCAUUAGGCCUUCUCAUCCAAAGGGGACUCUUAUGAAGUAGACAAAAAAAACAAAAACAAACAAAAAAAAAACUGCACAUGAAGAAAUACUGCACUUACAAUCCCACUUUUCCUCAGACAUUGAUACAUCUAUUUUGUUGUUGUUGCUGUUGUUGUUGUUGCUGUUUAAUUAUUAUUAACCUUAUUUUUGUGGACCCAACCUCAGUUGCUCUGCCCGGCUUAAGAAAGGAAAGAAGGAAGGGAAGGGAUAAAAGAGGGGGUUGCUGUCACUUUUGGCUGAGUGACCUGACUUGCUUUCUGUGGGAAUGGAGAGGCAGGCCGUUUCUGUCACAGUUAGCUGUGUCUCGUGUCCUAUUUUGGGAUAUUGCUCAACUCUGCUAGGUGCUUUAAAGUCGUGAUGAGAUGCCACUCCUUGAUAAUUUCAGACAAAUAGGUAGGAACAUUUCAGAGGAGAGCCUUUUUCAAGCGUAUAGAUACGGUGUGGGGUUUGGUGGCUGGAGAAGAGUGGAGAGGGACUUUAUUUUACAGAAUGAACAAUUAUUUUUAAAGCAAAACUGUUUAGCGCUAGGGAUUUAGGAGCACGAAUCAAAGUCAAUAUUCCUCUGAAGACGACUUUGUA